GUGAAGAAUAAUUUCUUUUCAGCAACUCUUGCUAAUAAAAAAUUAAACAUUUGUGAUGAACUCAGUCUCAAAUCAGCCAGGGGAGAAACCUCUAAAGUUUGGAUCAUGAAGGCCACAACAUUUUGGAUAAGGCAUAGCCCCCAAAUCCCAAUAAUCAGACACUUCCCUUCCACGCUUUCCAAUUUCUUUUAACAACCGUUUCGCGUCACCCUCCGCCUCUCAGUUCCUCAGCCCAUAUCUCUUCACUUCAUUCGUGUUCCAUCUAUAAAAUUAAAAUUAUACUGUUCUACUCCAUACCCACCAAUUCUUGCUUAGCAAGAUGCAGUCCACUUCCGAGGUUAAUCAGCGUAUUGCAAGGAUAUCAGCUCAUCUUCAUCCUCCCAACCUCCAGAUGGAGGAGAGCUCCGGUUUGAGACGGGCGAAUUGCCGGGCGAAAGGCGGAGCGCCCGGAUUCAAGGUCGCAGUCUUGGGUGCUGCGGGAGGAAUAGGGCAGCCUCUGGCGAUGUUGAUGAAGAUGAAUCCACUGGUUUCAGUUCUUCACCUCUAUGAUGUUGUCAACACUCCUGGUGUCACUGCCGAUAUCAGUCACAUGGACACCGGAGCUGUGGUACGUGGUUUUCUAGGGCAAAAUCAACUUCAUGAUGCCCUUACAGGCAUGGACCUUGUAAUUAUUCCUGCUGGUGUACCUAGGAAACCUGGAAUGACGAGGGAUGAUCUGUUCAACAUCAAUGCUGGAAUUGUUAGGACCCUGUGCGAAGGAAUUGCAAAGUGUUGUCCAAAUGCAAUUGUUAACUUGAUAAGCAACCCUGUGAAUUCUACUGUUCCCAUUGCAGCAGAGGUUUUCAAGAAAGCUGGCACCUUUGAUCCGAAGCGACUUCUUGGAGUCACAAUGCUUGAUGUUGUCAGGGCCAAUACUUUUGUGGCAGAAGUAUUGGGACUUGAUCCAAGGGAUGUUGACGUUCCGGUUGUUGGGGGCCAUGCAGGCGUUACAAUUUUGCCCCUUCUCUCUCAGGUUAAACCUCCAUCCUCUUUUACCCCACAAGAAACUGAGUACCUGACAGCUCGCAUUCAGAAUGGCGGAACAGAAGUUGUUGAGGCUAAAGCUGGGGCCGGAUCUGCCACUCUGUCAAUGGCAUAUGCUGCUGUUAAAUUUGCUGAUGCAUGCCUGCGAGGCUUGACCGGAGAGGCUGGGGUUGUCCAGUGCGCUUUCGUGGCUUCUCAGGUGACUGAGCUUCCAUUUUUCGCAUCCAAGGUACGGCUUGGCCGUGCUGGAGCUGAGGAGAUCUACCAACUAGGCCCCUUGAACGAGUAUGAGAGGGCUGGCCUGGAGAAGGCAAAGAAAGAAUUGGCAGCAAGCAUCGAGAAGGGAAUUUCAUUCACCAGGAAAUGAAUAGGUUCCAUGGAAACAGUUUUCCCAGAUACUUUUCAACUUAUGCAUCUACUCUUACUGCUCCUAAUGCAGUUUUACCAAAAUCACAGCUGCUGCAAAUAAAUGGCCAAGGUCGUUUGUUGUACCAAAACCCAAAUAUAGAAGCGACUUUCCUUGCUCAUAUAGACAAAACACCAACCCAUGUGUAGCCUGGGUUGCUUCUUUGUAGAUUGAGAACUCAUGUAUGUUAUAUUCUAUAUAUUUUUAAGCAUGAGAUCGAAUGAAUACAGAUCAGCAUUUUCUUC